AUGGAGCUGCUCGCGAGCGUCGGCAUGGCCGCCAAGGAGCGGUCAGUCCAGAUGUCAGAGGCAGAGGGAUCACUAUGGGACCCAUGCUCGGCGGAGUGCCUGCCCGUGGAUACUGAAACCUUCCAGGAGAUGUUCGAGUACAAUCGCGCAAUGUACUCGUUCGACCAGACCCAGAGACUGGAGAGGGAGCUGCUGCGCUUGGAAAUGCAGAUCAAGCGCUUCGAGCUCUUCCGAGAGGACAUCCGGGAUCUAGUCGAGCUCACGGUGGGGAAGAUGGAGAUGUACCACCUGGUCGGCGCUCUCUUUCUUGAGUUCUGUGCGACGAUGUAUGUGGAGGCCCGGAUUCAGAAGAACAAAGCGCCGCCUUUUCUGCUGUCCCUGUAUUGGCUCAGCGUCGCGGGCGCCUGGAUCUACCUGAUGCUUGCUGUCAUUCUCAGCCUGUACGCCUCCAUCCGUGGAAGCAAAAGCGGCAUACGCAUAAACGUUCCGCGCGCUCCGGCGCCGCCCCUGGCGCGCUCCGCGCUCCAGGGAUCGCGAGGGCCCCCGAGCGCUGUGGAAAGUGUAUGUUGGUGCCGCUGUUCCUUCCUCCCUCCCAUCUCCGCCCACGCCUUCGGCGUGCGGCUGCUCACGCGGUUUGUGCGCCUGCCCAUCCCCGGCGCGCGGCAGAUGGACUCGCUGAACGCGAAGUUCUCCGACCUCGAGCGACAGGGGCUCGGCAACGUGAUGCGCGUGCCCUUCGUGCAGGGCGCGCAGCAGUGGAAGCAGCGGGUCGCGGAGGGGCCCGCGGUCGAGGACCCGGGAGCCCCGAGCGCUGGCCCUGGAUCGCCGGUGCCCUCGGCGCAGCAGGCGCUCGUGAGCAGCAGGGGUGCCCUGACCAGCCCAGUGAGAGGUGUAGGCAUGCGCAUUCUGUCUCCGCAGAACAAGUGGCAGCGCUACGAUGCUUACGCGCGCGUCUGCAUGUCACUCGGGGCUGGCCAGACGUUGAUGAGCCUCUCUUACUGGAUGAUCUCUGUGUGCUUCAUCCAUUACGAGAACUGGUCCCCGAUCACUUGCGUGGCUUUGUGCCUCAUCUUUCAGCUCACGGCCAUGGCCAUCCUGAAGUUGGACGUCGGAAAGGUCGAUUUCGGGGCGCUGUGUCUGAUCCAGUCUGCAGGCUUCGCCUCUGUCUCCCUCGCGGUCUACAUUCUGUGGACGGCGAGACGGCUGCCCUACGUCAUCACUGCGAGCGGGGAGCAGGAGUUCCAGUCGUCCGACGCCGCGCACAACAUGGGCGACCUGGACCACACGCAGCUGCACAGGGAGGGCCCGAUCUGCAUGUUUCUGAUGGCCGUCUGGCUGCAGGCGCUCCUGUUCACGGCGUCGCCGCAGGGCGAGAGCGGGCUGCCGAGGCGCUUCCGCACCGUGCUGUUCCUGGACGUGUUCGCCUCGGCGGAUGUCAUUUCGGGGCACGCGUCGCGAAGGAGCAGGUUCCACUUCGGGCGCGGCGGUUCCAACGCAGACACGCUCGGUACAGGCCUCUGCUCCACCACGAUGGAGUCGGCCGGUAUGCUCGAGCGCGUGAUGCAUGCCGACGAAGCCCUGAAGAAGGCCGAGGCAGCGUUGCGGCGUUGGCGGGAGGUCCCCAAUCAGGACACACCAGAGGCGCGCGUUAUAGAAGCGCGCAUCGAAAGGCUAUGGACGACGUGCAUGGCGGCGCGGCGGGCAUUGUUUCAAGAGGCCUCGGCCAUGGCGAAAGCGACGGGGGACAGCGAGAUCGUAGCGGGAGCGAAGAACCUGAAACCAGACAUGCGCGCUUGGCACGACCUCUCCGCUGCAGAGCAGCGCGACAGCGCCUACGCAUUCGCGCUGCUGGGACCCUUCGAGCACCACGUGUCUCGGCAGAGGUACUUUUACGAUCUGGAGAACGAGGAGUUCACGUGGCAGAAUUCCGAGGGCCGCGGGGAGCUCCCGCUGAGCGAGGCCGCGGCCCUCACGAGCGAGGCGGAGAGGGCCGUGCAGGCGGCCGUCAAGGGGCACCGGCAGGGCGCGGCGGAGCAGGAGGCGGAGGAGCAGGAGGAGGAGGAGGAGCCGCCCGACGAGAGCGGCGGGGAGGCCCGCGGCAGCAGGCGGAGGGGCGGCACGCGCCCGCCCGCGUCGGGCGUGCGGAGCGUCAUCGCGGAGGCCGCGAAGAGGCGGGGCAGUCUGCCCUGGAAGGCGCUGCGGAGCACCACCCUGGCGCUGCAGUUCGCGUGGGUGCUCACGGGCGUCAUGCUUGGGCUGGAGAACGAGGGCGUCUGGAAGCCGACCUACCGACUGAGCUUCCACGCGGAGAGGCCCCACCUCCACGACGAGGCCACGCCCCACUCGAGCGCCACCGACGGGCACAGCGAGAGCGGCGAGGAGCCGGCGCCGGAGCCGACGGAGCCCCAGGCCGACGGCGCGGGCUCCGCGGCGGAGGGCUCCGGCGAGCCGCCGUCCCGCCGCCUGUCCGCACCGCGGGCGCGGGCACGGCGAGUCAGCGAGCGCUGGCACGCCCGCGCCGUGGACGCCACCUGGCCGGCGGGCGCCUCGGCCUCCUGGCCGGAGGCCGUCGCGUCGCUGCAG